UUCAGAAACAUAACCAGCUAUGAACACAUGUCUGCAGGCGGCAACCCCACUGAAGUCUUGAGAACGCAUGUGAUAAAUAUAAAUACAAAUUUUUUUUUAUAAAUAAAAGUACCCUUCGUUUACACCAUGUCUGCGGCCAAAGGAAAAUCGGCCUCAAACAAAUCUGGUGGCUUUCAAUCAAUGGGUUUGAGUCAUCCUGUUCUCAAAGGUAUUCUCAAACGUGGUUACAAAGUACCUACUCCCAUUCAAAGAAAGACCAUACCAUUAGCAUUAAAUAACAGAGAUGUUGUUGCUAUGGCUCGCACUGGAAGUGGUAAAACUGCUUGUUUUCUCAUUCCAAUGUUUGAAAAAUUAAAAACUCGUCAACCAACUUCUGGCGCUCGUGCUCUUAUUUUGUCUCCUACAAGAGAAUUGGCAUUACAGACUGCAAGAUUCAUUAAAGAAAUGGGCAGAUUUACAGGCUUAAAAGCAUCUACAAUCUUAGGAGGAGACAGUAUGGAAGGUCAAUUUUCUGCUCUUCAUGAAAAUCCAGAUAUUAUUGUUGCUACUCCUGGUCGUUUUCUUCAUUUGUGCAUAGAAAUGGAUAUGAAUUUGAAAAACAUUCAAUUUGUUGUUUAUGAUGAAGCUGACAGAUUAUUCGAAAUGGGAUUUGGAGAGCAACUUCAUGAAAUUACUAAUAGAUUACCUGUUCACAAACAAACUCUUUUGUUUUCUGCAACUCUACCUAAAAUACUGGUCGAAUUUGCAAAAGCAGGAUUAGAUAAUCCUGUACUCAUUCGUUUAGAUGUUGAAAGUAAAUUACCAGAGGGUUUAAAACUGAGUUUUAUUACUUGCCGACCUGAAGAAAAACUAGCUGUUCUUAUGUGCCUACUGAAAAGAGUAAUUAAACCAGAUACUCAAACAGUUGUGUUUGCUGCUACAAUGCAUCAUGUUGAAUAUAUUCACAUGAUUCUUGAUAAAGUUGGAAUAUCAAAUACAUAUAUUUACUCAAAUUUAGAUCCAACUGCACGUAAAAUAAAUGCAGCUAAAUUUCAAAGUGGAAAAGUGAAAGUUCUUGUUGUAACUGAUGUUGCUGCUAGAGGUAUCGAUAUACCUCACUUAGAUAAUGUUAUAAAUUUUCAUUUUCCAGCCAAAAGUAAAUUAUUUGUUCAUCGAGUUGGUCGUUGUGCUCGUGCUGGAAGAAGUGGAAUUGCUUACAAUAUAGUUUCUCCUGAUGAAUAUCCUGCUUUGCUAGAUCUACAUCUUUUCCUUGGUAGAUCUUUGAAUAUUGUUCCAGCUACCAAAAAAGAAAACAUUCCGGAAGAAUCAAUUGGCAGAUUGCCUAAAGGAAUGAUUGAAGAAGAAUUGUCAGAUUUGAUUACAUGGCAUGAGGAUAACACCGAUAUUUAUAAUAUGGAGAAAGUAUGUGAAAAUGCUUAUCAACAAUAUUUACGAUCGAGACCAGCAGCAUCUAUAGAAAGCAACAAAAGAGUAAAAGAGCUAAAUUUUGAAACUGCAGGUAUACUGCCAGAGUUUCAGGACGAAAACGAUGCGGUUUCAGAAUUUUUAUUGAAGAUGAAAAGUUACAGGCCUCCUGGGACAGUGUUUGAGAUACUUUCAAAACCUGGUUCAACAGAUUAUAAGGCAAUGAAAGAGAAAAGAUCGUUUCACAAAGAUAAUAUCUUGAAUCAUCAUAGAAAAAUUGAAGAGAGAGAAAAUAAAAUUGAAAAUUUAAAACCUGUUAAAUCUAAUUUACCAAGUAGCACAACCGAUGAAAUCGCGAAUGCUUUUAAAGAAGUGGUACAGCCCAAGAAAAGAAAAAUAGAUAGUCUCUAUAAAAAUGAAAAAGCAAAGAAGAGGCGGAAACUCGAAAAAGACGAAGAGUUUUUCAUUCCCUACGCCGCAGUUGACAAACAUACAGAAGACGGAUUAGCUGUGAAUUCAUUCGCAACGGAAGCUGACAAAGCCACUCUAGAUUUUACUGCAGACAAUGAAGAAUCCAUGCGCCUUUCAAAACAAUUGAAAAAAUGGGAUCGUAAGAAGAAGAAAAUGGUAGCCGUAGAUAAUCCAAAGGCCGCGAAAAUCCGCACUGAGUCUGGAGUUUGGAUUCCUGCCUCUUAUAAAACACAAAAAUACAAACAAUGGAAAGACAAAAAUAAUGUGGAGAAUUCGUAUGGUGCUGAAGAUGAUGGUGAUAAUGACGAAGCAGAAGCAUCCACCAAUGCGAAAAAUCUACAAACUCGAGGUAAUACGCACUGGGCUCGUCAUAACCAAAAGUUAAAGGAAAAAGAAAUGAAGAAAGUUAGAAGCGAAUUAAAAACACCCGAUCAAAUUCGGAAAGAGCGCAAGUUGAAGAAAAAGAAUAAGUUGAAAAACCAAAAGGGAGGUAGAGGUCGUGGUAAAGGAGGUUCCAAAGGCAAAGGCAAGAAAAGUAAACAUUGAUUCGAAAGUUUUAAGAUUUGAAUUAUUUAGAUAGGAUUUUCAUUGUUGUAUAAAAUUAUUGUUACCUUGUAAAAUAAACCAUGUACAUAAUUUUAUAAAGGUCUUGAUUUAAAUUAGUUGUAUUCCUAUCAUAAUUAAAAAAAUUUUCAUAUCUUUGGAAAAUAGGUAUAAGGGCAAAUAAUUUUUUUCAACAAAACAAAAUUAUCAUGUACUAGGUAAGAGAAAUUGUUUCUAAAAAGUUAAUGCUUUAUCAUUAAUGAGUAAAUUAUGGGUAAUUAUGCAAAAAUCCAUUACUUGUAGGAAUGAAAUUGCAUUUAUACUAUAUACUGAAAUCUUGAAGGAUUUUGAAAACUGGAGUACAGCUAAAUUCAUAAAAACGGCUUUCAAUGUUUUUCAAUUUUUCAAUUUUUCAAAAAUU